CGGCGCUGCCAUUGGCGGGCGGGGCGCGGGCCCGGGGCGCUUUUGUUGCCGGGCGGCGCGGUGAGGCGAGGCGCGGCGCGGCGCGGCGCGGGCCCAGCGGCAGCCAUGAGCGGCGGCGUGUACGGGGGCGAUGAAGUCGGCGCUCUUGUUUUUGACAUCGGCUCGUACACAGUGAGAGCAGGCUAUGCAGGCGAAGACUGUCCAAAGGUUGAUUUUCCAACAGCGAUUGGUGUGGUGCUGGAAAGGGACAAUGGCAGCACUCUGAUGGAGAUAGAUGGUGACAAGGGCAAACAAGGGGGCCCGACUUACUAUAUAGACACCAAUGCCCUGAGAGUUCCAAGGGAAAAUAUGGAGGCCAUUUCACCUUUAAAAAAUGGAAUGAUUGAAGACUGGGAUAGUUUCCAGGCAAUUUUGGAUCACACUUACAAGAUGCAUAUUAAAUCUGAAGCAAGUCUGCAUCCUGUCCUUAUGUCUGAAGCACCAUGGAAUACCAGAGCAAAGCGUGAAAAGCUGACUGAAUUGAUGUUCGAACACUACAACAUCCCUGCAUUUUUCUUAUGUAAAACCGCUGUUUUAACAGCUUUUGCUAAUGGGAGAUCUACAGGUCUCAUCUUGGAUAGUGGGGCAACACACACCACUGCUAUUCCAGUGCAUGAUGGAUAUGUACUUCAACAAGGAAUUGUAAAAUCACCACUUGCAGGAGACUUUAUUACUAUGCAGUGCCGAGAACUGUUCCAGGAAAUGAAUAUUGAGAUAAUUCCUCCCUAUAUGAUUGCUUCAAAGGAGGCAGUUCGUGAGGGGUCACCAGCAAAUUGGAAGAGAAAAGAGAAGUUACCCCAGGUCACUAGAUCUUGGCACAACUACAUGUGUAAUUGUGUCAUUCAGGACUUCCAAGCUUCUGUCCUCCAAGUAUCAGAUUCAACCUAUGAUGAACAGGUAGCAGCACAGAUGCCAACGGUUCAUUAUGAGUUCCCUAAUGGCUAUAACUGUGACUUUGGUGCCGAGCGUCUAAAAAUCCCUGAGGGAUUAUUUGACCCUUCUAACGUAAAGGGUCUAUCUGGUAACACGAUGCUGGGUGUGAGCCAUGUUGUCACAACAAGUGUUGGAAUGUGUGAUAUAGACAUCAGGCCGGGCCUCUAUGGCAGCGUGAUUGUAGCAGGAGGAAACACCCUAAUACAGAGUUUCACAGAUAGAUUGAACAGAGAGCUGUCUCAGAAAACUCCACCGAGCAUGCGCCUGAAAUUGAUAGCAAACAACACCACAGUGGAGCGGCGAUUCAGCUCGUGGAUUGGUGGUUCAAUUUUGGCUUCUUUGGGUACUUUUCAACAGAUGUGGAUUUCUAAACAAGAAUAUGAAGAAGGAGGGAAACAGUGUGUAGAAAGAAAAUGCCCUUAAACCUCUUACUGUGAAAACUGCUGCCUCCUCAGUGCUUCUUCUGAUUUAUAGCUUUAGCAUACUCAGGAAUGGGAUGGACUCUUUUGUAGAAAAUUUGUAUUGGAUUUUUUGCAUUAUUCAAGUUCCAUUUUUAACAAACCUUAGUACCAGUUAGGUCUCUCAAAAUUUCUAUCAUAGAAAAAGGAUGUUUGUCCUUUGUAAAGCAAUAAUUCAUAUAAUGAGCAUUUUAUAAUUUUGUAUAAAUGUCUAUUUUCUCUAGUAUCUUUUCCUGGGAAUAGCUUUACAAGUUAGCUAAUAGAUAGAGGCAUAGCCUUGCAAAUGCCUGCACAAAUUUAUUAAAAAUGUCUAGUCUACUUUCAUAUAUUAGUCUUCCUUUGCUAGUACUUUGGCCUUAAAUUGCUUACUUCCCUCCUAAUAAAACUUGCUCUUUUUUUAUUUGAGCAACUUUGUGAGUACUUGCAGAGAAACAGUUACUCUUCUGUUUUAAAAAUGGAAAGUUUGUAUUUACUAAUCUACUAUAGGGCAGUCAGUUCAGGGUAAACUUUUACUGUCUAAUGGAGUGUUACAUUCCAUUUAGUGAAUGUUACAUUAUGCACUGGUUGCUAAUUUUCUAUUAUGGAGCAAUUUUGUUUCAGUAAACAAUCAUUUCUUUCCACUAGAUUUCUAAAGAAUGUAUAUAAUAUGCUGAACGCCUUUGCAGGUGAGAAGCAAAACUUUUUAGAGAUAGGGAAAGUAAAGCAAAGAAUUGUCUUCCCAAGACUAGGGGAAUAGUCAGAGAAGACCUCAGGAUGUGGCUUGACAUUUUUCAGUGAGCUGUAACUCAGAGGGGCAGUCGCUGUUUGUUUAUUGCUGGUUUAGCUCUGGCUGACUCAUAGUGAGGUCAGUAAGUGCCUGCAUUUUGCAUGGGGAGUGUGCACUCGGGCAGAGGAAGUGGGAUGACUUUUUCAGCAGGAACUGGCUAUCAAAAUGCAGCUCUGCACUGCUGCGAAGCAACUCAAAUUUACAGCUUUAUGAUGUUCUGUAUUGUGACGCAGUGAAGUUUUGCUCCUUAUUCUAAAAGCUGUGGAAAACCAAAUAGCAUUUAACUGAUUUAAAAACAUAUAAAUACUGCUAUGUUUUCAGUACCCUAAAAGACCUUGUGGGUAAAUAAUGCUGGGGCCUCUAGUUGAAAACAGUUUCAUGUUACCUCCAAGCAAUAAAGUAAUUUAUCAAAACAA